UGACUAUGAUAUAUACAAAAUUUUCCAUCGAUUUUAAAACGAAAGUGUAAAAACAAGCGAAAAUGUAAAAAAUUGGACCUUUGCAAAUAUAAUUAAACUAUCCGAAGUUGUUUAUAUGAGCACUGUAUUCUACAGUAUGUUAAUAGCUUAUAAAGCAAAUUAGGCAACAAAUGAAAAUCCAUAUUGCAGAAGUUGAAAGCGAUGGAAACAGUGGAAUACCGAUAAAGGCAACACGAAUACAGCAACUGGAUUUGGUCCACAUCAUCUACUGUCGGAAUUUAUGGAAACAUUUGUUGGUAGUCGAAAGAUGAAAAUCGCCUUUAAUUGGUGUUAGCGAAAUUGCUGUUACCCUAAAAAAUGCCGAGGGUAAACGACGCACACGCAAGGGACACCAAUGGUUCCGAUGCCAUUGCGGCACCAAAAGCACGCAAAAAUGCCAUCAAGGCGGAGGUGGAAAGUCCAGGUGAACAGCUUGUUUUCCAUAGGAAAUCUGAGCGAAGAAGAGUGGCUCGUGACAUCUUUUUAGUAUUUGAAGAGCAACCUUGCCGGCGGGUACGUGGAGGUGCCAAUAGAAAGAAAGCAGCGCAAAAACCCAAAUUCGGUCACUUGAUGGUAGAGGAUCCCAGUCGUUCAACCAAAGGACUACUGCGUGACAUUAAGAACGAACCAAAAUGUUAUCUUGCCGAUGAUUGCACAACAACACCAGCGGUCGCAACAACGGCCACAAUAACCAAAAAUGAUGAAAAGCAUACACCAAAGGUGAAUAAUUGUAUUGAAAGUAAACCUAUAGUAGUGGUCGAAAAACCACCGGAGCCUAUUAAAGAAAUCUCAAGUGAUGAUCCAGUCGCACGUGUUAAUCCAAUUUUUCUAUGGGUUAAACAGGAUGACACACGCAUUGUUGAGGUGCGUUGUGAGGAUUAUGACAAAAGGAACCGUAUACGUAUAACAAAGACUUCUAACGGUUGGCGGGCCAUACCACGUACCGAUCCAAGCUCAUCGAAGAUUGUUAAAAUUUUCCAAACACCACUAUUAAAAGUGAAGCGAGAAAUUUAUGAAAAUAACUUAUUGCAGAAAUGUAAUGAAAAUUUCUGCGCAAAUAUAAACAGGCAAAUUCUGCCAGAGGUCAUUGAAAAGCAAAGCUUUACCUCAGAGCAAACAGAAGAAAAUGUGCCGACUAAUAAUAGGAAUGCAAUUACUGAUACCUUCGUUAAUAAAGAAUCAAAUAAUGCAAAGCUGAAAAUUAAGAGUAAGAAAGUUAAAAAUAAGAAAGAAUGCAAACGGGUACGCAAAGCGCCUAAAUUAAAUAUUCCAAAAACAGAAGUACUUCAAGAAGUUACUCCAGAACUCAAUACAGAGUGUAGUGUUGCGCUCUGCGUAGUUAACCAACCUGAGGAAAACGAAGUACCCAUUCAGCAGAUGAUACAGUCAAAUCUGGAUACAAUACAAAACUUCAAUGAAAUGUGUGUGAACGACCAAGAAAUAACAGAGCAAGACACUUCUGCCACCAACACGACUGGAAUUACAGAUUCAAAUAGUGAUACAAAAGAACAGUCAAUUGAAGCAGUAAUUGAAACAGUACCUCUAGCAGAGGAAGAGCCCCCAGCAGCGAGAAAUGAAAGUCAAAUCGAAACUCAAACAUAUCAACAUCCUCCACCGCAUUUGCAGCUUUGUCCAAAAACAGGGCUUUUCCUGCCAACCAUUAUUUGCGAAAGUGACAACGAUGGAGAGACCUCUGUCGUUGCAACAGAAGGAGCUUGCGAUGUUAGUACUUUUAAUACGAAUUUUUUGUCCAAAGAUAUUUUAGUGGACUUGGCCGACUGCGUGGAUGAUGAUCAUUGUCAUAAUGCUGGUGAAAAGAUGCCAACACUGAAUGAACAUUUCACGACCCAUAAUCUCGAUGCCGACACCAAAAAUCUUAAGGAUCUACUAGAUGAUGCAGAUUUAAUGCAGCACUGCAGCGAUAACGGUAAUAGCGAUGCUGACAUAAUCGAUUCGAUUGUUAAACGCAGCUGUGAAAACAAUUUAAUUCAGGAGGCUGAAACACUUAAAGAGGCUGUCACUCCUGCAACAUUUAACACUACACAAGUGGAGGAAGUUGCAAGGAAGGAUUUAAUAACAGACGUAAUACCACAGCAUAUAAUCGAUGAGGCAGUGCGAGAAUCACCCAAAUGUUUGUCAUUCAACGAAGCAGGCGAAAUCGAAGGUCUAAACGGCGAACUUUUCCAAUCAAAUAGUUUUAUGGACACAUACGAAAAGGAGUCUAGCGUUGAGGAAGUAAGUUUAAGUGAUGAUGGCAAAAAAACUGAGAGCACAGAGGUGACAGCAUUAUCAUCGCCACUUGCACUCAAAGAGAAGCUAACCGAUGAUGUCAUACACGACGAGGCGCCCAAAGAUUUAAGUUAUAAGAAACGCGAGGAAGUUUGUCCACCAUCCGAGUCAAGGAGUCAAUGUGCGGUAACCUCGAGUUCAGAUGUUGUAAAGUCGCCACAACAGGGAGAAUUGCCCGCUAUUGAAACGACGUCAGAAGCAAUAAAAAAUCUAAUAUUGGAGCAAUUUAUUAAAUUGAAUGCAUUUAAUGCGGUAUCUAAUCCGGUGGCAAAACAGCAGUCAGAGCCGAUAAAUCUUGGCAAGCCCCAACGUGACUUAACUACAAAUAAUGAUUGCAACGAUUAUGCCACAUCUACAAAUUUCAUCGAAACAGUUGUUAUAGAUGAUAAUAGCGAUGAAGAGCCUAUGAAAAAACGUGUGCGCACUAACGUUAAAAUAAAUAAAAACAGUAUCAUUGAGGAAAGUACACAGGCGACCAUUCAAGCUCCAAUUUUGAUUGACAAGGAUCCAGAUCCUCUGACACAACUUCAACUACUAAUUAGAAAUACACAAUGGAAGGUACCCGACCCUAUACUUGUGCCAAAGGAUAGGCUGCGCGCAGUAUUAGCUUCACCAGCACGCGAAAUACCAUUGCUAAUAACAACAAGGCCAGAAUUAAGACUACCCGAGGCAUUUGCCUAUCCGGAAAUCAUACAGAAUCCCAAUAUACUGGUAAUUUCAAUGGCACAGCUAGAGGCGAUGAAAAACGAGAUGGAAAUUGAGAAGAACAAACAGCAACAACAAAGUAGUUUAACAGAAAAAGUUCACGAAAUGCAAACUGAACCAGCGAAGAAACCCAAUCUUAUGCCGUGCUCUAAUAAACCGUUUAUCGAGCCGAAAAUCGUCAAAGUUAAGGAACAACCUAUGAAUCCGCAACCCCCACCACCCAAGUGUUCACAUGUGGAAACCAAUUUAGCUUCCGACAUAAAUGCAGCCACGUUGGCAGUUCUAAAUCAAAUGUUAUGGUUGCCGUACUUUGGCCAGUUAUCGCAGGAAUUUCUAAAAACCAUAAAGAAUCCUUUAGGCGUACAAAAUAAGUACGCCGGCUUACUGCCACCGAUAUAUAAUCACCAUCUCGGGCUUCAACACAUGGACGAAAUGUAUAAAAAUUACCUGAAGCAGAUGACAGCAUUGAAGCAUCUAAGUGCAGAGGCAUCCGUUAAUAAUGCAAUGCAGAAUUUUCCACUGCCACUCGGCGCAUUCCAACCCUCAAUGGAGGCGACCGUUUUUCAGAAAAUGUUACAACAUCAGUUAGCAAACUUUUUGAAUAUCAACCCGCUCUCUACGGCCACAGAAACACCGCUUCAAAGAGGCGGCGUAGUAAAGAGUCCUGUCCCUGCAGUUGCACCAAAUGUUGAACACAUGCUUGCGGUGGACGAGAAGAAAACUAAAAGUGCGUCAACCACAACGCCGACAACAAAUUUAAGCGGCGUAGCCGCUGAUGUUGCCGAAAGAACUUUCAGGCAAAAUAACAACCAUAGCCACAAUAACAGCAGCAACAAUGUGACGAUAAGUUGUGAUAAUGCGAUGACUGAAAGUGUAAACUAUAACAAAUACGCCUGUGUGCAAAAACAUGAAGUGGAUAGUAAGCCACGUUUGACGUGCAAAUCUCUUUCGAAUCUUUUAGAACCAGAAAGCAUACCCUCGUCGCCGGCAGUUCCUUUGGUCAACCUUACCACUGACCAUAUGCGCAGUGCUUCGAAUGAACUUGUCAAUGUUAAUAGCCAAAUUAAUAAUAUUAUUAAUAAAGAGAUCACCUCUGUGAGCUCUGGUGCUCCAGCGCCAGUAGAAGUUAUGCCUUUUAAAACUGCGAAACUGAAUAAGGCUUCGAAUGGUAGCUUAAAUGUUCCGCACGAGUUGGUCAAACAGCGAAAACGAGCUAUGAAUUAUGCAGAAACCACAGUAGCUUCAUCGCCAUCACUGGCAGCUGCGACGGCAGCAGCGGUGCUGGAAAACCAAUCUGCAAGCAGACACGUUGUGUCGGAUAACUUAAAUGUCGAGCCCAAUCAGGCAUUGUGGCAUCCACUUUUUGGAAGCAAUGCAAAAACGGGUUACAGCAGUCCAUGGCAAUGGACUACGGUAACAGCAACGGGUGAAUGACAUUCAAGGGGUCUCAAGGGAC